CGUACAACCUCCAGACUUAUAGAAAAUAAAUAGCUUUUUCAAACUCCAGCAAUUUCUCAACAUGACUUUAAUUAGUAUGUGAAAUGGUUAUAAACUCGAAGUGACAACUAUUUCCUUUUAGUCUCAGUGAAGUCGAUACACCCCUGAGAAAGAUGCCUCGCCUCCUUAUACCCAAAGGCACAAAGUCUCUGGUGUCUCACAGUCUAAUAUCUCCGGAUUUAAAAUUAUCGAGACAACUCCAUAAUGUCUCCAGAGGUGUCUCAUGUUACCUACAAAACGCAACAUCAGCCUCAACAACCCUCGGUUUUCCCAGGCCAAGGCAGAUAGUUUCAGUGCACUCACAACCUAUAAGCCAGCGAAAAGCCCACACCGUCGAUUCACCAUCCUCAGCAGUCAUUCCAGAACCCUACUCACCACCCACAUCAGGCAUUCUAUCCCGUCUGCCUAAGUCAUGGGUUCCCUACGGAGAGCUCAUCCGAAUCGAUAAACCCACAGGGACAUAUUAUCUAUUCUUCCCAUGCUUAUUCUCAACACUGAUGGCGGCUCCGCUCACCACCCCCAUGGCUACACCAUUGUCCGUUGUUGGUACCACUGCUCUCUUCUUCGCCGGUGCCCUCGUCAUGCGUGGUGCCGGCUGCUCCAUCAACGACCUCUGGGAUCAGAACUUAGACAAGCACGUAACACGGACGCGACAUCGGCCCCUGGCACGUGGCGCUAUCACGCCCUUCAAAGCCCUGACAUAUACAGGGGCGCAGCUCCUAACCGGCCUCGGGAUCUUGCUGCAAUUCCCGACCUCAUGUCUCUUCUAUGGUAUUCCAAGCUUGAUAUUCGUGGCUUCGUACCCUCUCGCCAAGCGCGUGACGUAUUACCCGCAAUUCGUCUUAGGCCUGACUUUUUCUUGGGGCGCCAUCAUGGGCUUUCCCGCUCUGGGGGUAGACUUGUUGUCAAAUAGUGCCGCCUUAAGUGCGGCUGCUCUACUUUACGCAAGCAAUAUAGCCUGGACUGUACUAUACGAUAUGAUCUAUGCGCACAUGGACAUCAAGGAUGAUGCCAAGGCAGGAAUCAAAAGCAUUGCCCUCAAGCAUGACGCUGAUACGAAGAAAAUCCUGUCCGGGUUAGCGGUAGCACAAAUAGGCCUUCUUGGAGCCGCCGGCAUGACAGUAGGCGCCGGACCAGCUUUCUUCAUCGGGAGCUGCGGUGGUGCUGCUCUGACAUUGGGCUGGAUGAUAAAGAGAGUAAAUCUCAAGGACGUGAAGGACUGCUGGUGGUGGUUCGUUAACGGAUGCUGGAUCACUGGAGGCGCGAUCAGUCUCGGUCUUGGAGUUGACUACCUGUUAAAAUACGCCGAAGAAGACAAGAGACAAUCUUUAGAGAAUUAGGCUUCAACCAUAAUGUAUAGUUAUGUGUAUAUAACGGAAUUCAAUGUCGGGUUUGGGAUAGAUGUUACCUAAGGUAGGUAAUUAGAAAGCAUCUACUCUGCUCUUAGACCGAUUAUUUCCGCAUUAGAUUAGGUAGUCACGAUAAUC